GCGCGUAUGACGUCACAGUCUCCAUACUACUCUACAAAUGUAUUAUUAGUUCUCUCGGUAAAGUCACGUAGAAGGGAAACAAUUAAAUGAUGAAAAUAUAAAAAAAAAUGAGAAUUUAAUUGUUUUAUAUAUUUUUUUAUUGUGACUUUACCGAAAAAAAAAAACAAGAAUAUGAAUCCCCUUGCAGUCACGAAGGCUUUAAAUCAAGAUGUAUUAUUGUUUAAAUGCAUGACCUGUACAACAGAGACCCGUCGUUCUCACUGUCUGUAAAGCAAUCUUAAAAUUACAAUCCCAAUGUAGCAAGGUCCCUCCUGGAAAAAAAGGGUGCCUACGACUCAGUCUGGCUUCCUGGAUGACAAAACAACCAAAAAAAAACGUGGCACUUUUAUUUUCAGUCGGGGCUUCUGCGGCUCGCAGGGCGUUUCCAGCCACCGCGACGCAGAGCGGUCGAGCGAGUUCGCGUCUUGGUUGUGGGUCUCUCUCCCUCUGCGCCAAAGCAGCAAAGUUGGGACGAGGGCGAGACCCCGAGGCAGCGAUGGAGAAUGUGGUGGCCGCCAACGCAGAGUUCGCCAUCGACGUCUUCAGGACUCUGGGUGCACGGGAGGUCGGUGGCAAUGUCUUCUUCUCGCCGCUCAGCAUCUCCGCGGCGCUGGCCAUGGUGCUGCUCGGCGCCAAGGGACAAACGUCUGAGCAAAUGUCCAAGGUGCUUUGCUAUGAAGGAGUGAGCGAUGUUCACGAAGCCUUCAAGGGCCUGCUCGGCACUUUGAAAUCUCCCGGGGCGGGCUGCGUCCUGCGUGUCGCCAACCGUCUCUACGGCGAGAAGUCCUUCGGCUUCCUCAAGGGAUUUCUGCAAGCGACUCAGAAGUUUUAUGACGCCAAGUUGGCUGCCGUAGACUUCACGAAAUCAUUUGAUGGUGUGCGGAAGAAAAUCAACGCCUGGGUGGAAGAAAAAACUGAUGGGAAAAUAAAGGAUCUUCUGGAAGAGGGAACUUUGGAUGUCAUGACUCGACUCGUGAUUGUGAAUGCUGUUUACUUCAAAGGGAAAUGGACCAAAAAGUUUAACUCUCAAAAUACCACUCAGAGCAACUUUCAUCUCAACCAGCGAGAGACAAAGCAAGUGCAGAUGAUGUCCCAAAAGAACACGUUUCAACAUGGCUUUGUCCAGAACAUGAACUUAAAUGUUCUGGAGCUUCCGUAUGUGGGAAAUGCACUGAGCAUGAUUAUUCUACUGCCAGCUGCCAUCGAGGAUGAAACUAACGGUUUGGAAAAGCUGGAGAGGGAGCUGAACCUUCAGAACCUUCAAACGUGGACAUCGCCCACGACGAUGCGCUCUGGGGACGUUUUGCUGCACCUCCCACGCUUCCGCCUGGAGCAAAGCUACACCCUCAAUAAGCCACUGUCGAGCCUCGGCAUGGGAGACCUCUUCUCGCCGCUCACUGCCGACUUGUCGGGCAUGGACGGAAACCGUGACCUGUUCGUUUCGCACGUGGCCCAUCGCGCCUUUGUCGAAGUGAAUGAAGAAGGGACCGAGGCGGCUGCCGCCACGGCGGUCACCAUUAAACUGAGGCGUGCCAUGCCCACGCAGCCACCCUUUAAAUUUUGCGCCGAUCACCCAUUCGUCUUCCUCAUUCGUGACAACCGCAAUGGUAGCGUUCUCUUCUUGGGUCGCUACACGUCUCCCUGAUUGAUGCACGCCGAGGCUCCGAUUGUACACGGUAGAAACCCCCUCCUCUUAACGACGGUAAUUGAUUCCACGAAACCGGUCGUCAAGUGAUCUGGUCGUUAAGCGAGUGUAGGACUAUACGUUAAAUGAUGAAUUCGUUCCGAACAGCAUCGAAUGUAAACAAUGCCCCGACGCUCAUGAAUGGAUGUCGCUGAUUGGCCGAGGCCUGGUAACUUUACACUACACUAUACACUACUACUGUAUACUAUACACUAUACAUUGGGCUCUAUGGAGGCCCGUCGUUAAGCGAUUAGUCGGUAGCAGGGGGUUCUACUCUACACUACUAUACACUACACUACAACACACUACACUAUACACUACAUUACUAUACACUACACUCUACACUAAACAUUGGGCUCUAUGGAGGCCCGUCGUUAAGCGAUUAGUCAUUAACAGGGGGUUCUACUGUAUAUAUUUCAAGGUUUAUUGGCACGUUAAAAUGCGUUAAUGGUAAUGGGACACAUUUUGAUUUAAAGCUUUCGUGACUGCAGGGAUUCAUAUUCUUGGUUCUUUCUUUUAUUAUUUUAUUGUUUCCCUUCUACGUGACUUAAUCUGCAACAAAAGUCUACGCCACCAGGCUGAAUGAUAUACACGUAUCGUAAUAUCACAUUGCAGCGUCGUAAAAAGGAAAUAUUUCAAUUGCUUUCUGGAAUUACGUGUUGAUAGUACUAAUUUUUUUAUUAUUAUAGAUUAUCAAAUCGAUGCACAGCAGCAAUCAGCUUUCAAUCAACAACAAAAAAUCGUCUAAACUCAUUGUAAUUAAAAAAAAAAGUGUUGCUGGCUGGCUUUCUGCCUGGAUACCCAGCUCAAAAGUGGACACGUGUGACUGUAAUGUAACUACGCACAUCUGCGUGAUUACGUCACCUGUGUGAUAUUGAGGUGAACGAUAAGAAGAAUAAAGAAGCAAUAACAUUUCAAACUGUAUUCGGAACAAGUUUUGCUGGAUUGCUGGCAGACAGUCACGUACAGAAUGAGGGAGGGAUCAAUGGACAAUCACAUCUAAAGAACGUGUGAUUUUUCUCGUUGGAGGCAAAAAUAAAACGCCGACUGAGACCGAGCAUGGGAGAUGAUUAUCCACAAUCCCGCAGUGAGAGAGAAGAACCAUUGACUCAGUUGUGAUCACGUGACGCUCGGCAAAGCGUAUACAUAUUGCAAGACAUCGCUCGUUUAUCAAAUUAUUUAUUUCAAAAUUUUGCUCGUCUUGCAAAACACUCGCAGACCAAGUUACUCGGAAUCCAAGGUUUCAAUGUAAUGGGGAAUGGCUCAGCUACUCUCAAACAGUGCAGCUCUGAAUGUUAAAAGAUGAGAAACGAGAUCAAAUGUCACUUCAAACAGCCAUGGCAAACAUGGCAUGCCGCGUGUCCUACCAGUGCUAAAAUGACGAUUUCUUGCUGGCAUUAAAAGAUGAUUUCCAUUAUUGACGCUUGCAGGUGGUUAUGCCUAAUUUUAGUGGUAUUUUUUUAUGAUUAUUGCAUGUGAUUUUAACACAAGUUUAUACAUUAUGAAUGUAUAAAGUUCAUUAUCAGCCCGA